AUUAAUGUUUUAUGGUUUUUAUGUCAAUAUUAUUUGUCAUUUUAUAAAGUUCUUAUAAUAAUUCGCAUUUAUCAAUUAAUUUAAAAAUAUGAUUGCAAGACGACAACGACGAAAGAGUGUGCAAAAUAGCGAUCCCGGCAAAAUUUUGGACCUGAUUAUGAGCUUAACUGAUGACAAGUGUGCACUACUACAAACCAAAAUAAACACAUACCUCAUCCAGGAAUGUGUAUCAGAGCAAGCACUACUUGUGGUGGUGAACAGGGAACACUCCGAUGCUUUCAUAGAAACCGUCGGCUCCUUGAUGUUGUUACGGAAGCGUAAGAUAUCUCUGUCUGAUAAAUUUAAACUUGUUAUGGAGUCAGUGGGUGAGCAGACAGAAUACUUGAGUAAUAUGGAAGAGGAUUUUAAAAGUAUCGUCGAACCUGUUUUAGAAUCGGAGAACCCUAAGAAGCGUGUGGUAAUGUUCCCUAUCCCUGACAACCCGUUCUCCCUCAUUGUGUGCAUCGUAUCGCCCACCAUACAGGAGGAUCGCGUCGGAGUCAUUAUAUACGAAGCCUUCUUAUUUUUCUGGCCGGUACUGAAGAAGUCGAUAAUGCUGGAGUACGAGCGCACGGUCAAGAACAAAUGCCAGCAAUUACUGCGCGUUGCUAGGAGAUUGUUUACUCAGGUAGAGAAGCUUCAAACGCUGCUGCAUAUGGCUAUGGAACAGGCCAAGAUGCUAAUGAGUGCCGAAUACUGCUCUGUUAUGCUCAUAGACCUCGACCAGAUGGACCUUGUUGAGAUUUACGACCCUAUGCAGCUACAAAUGACUAACACGGAGACGGUGAAAAGACGUUUCAAAAUGGACGUCGGUAUAGCAGGGACAGUCAUUAGCACGGGCAAUCUAGUCAACGUGAAGAAUCCAGAGAAACAUCCCAAGUUUAAUCCAGAAAUUGAUUCUUAUCCUGGAAUCACCUGCAGGUCCCUUCUAUGUUUCCCCAUCCGCGACCAGUCCGGUAUAAUCGGCGUGGGCAGCCUCUACAACAAGCUUGGCGACCCGUACUUCGACGCAAUGGACGAGGAGAUGGCUCUGGCGUUCAGCGUGUACUGCGGCGUCUGCAUCGUACACUCCAUGGUCUAUCAGAAGAUGCAGGAGGCUCACAUCCGCAACGCGCUCGCCAAUGAACUCGUCAUGUACCAUAUGAAGGUGGGUGAUAUGGAGGUGACCCGUCUCCUGGAGUGCACGGGCUUCCACAAGCACCCGCACUUCGCCAGUCUCAGCUUCAAUGUGCGCGCGUUGCCGCCGCGCGAGCUGCCCUGCUACGUGCUCAAGAUGUUCUCAGACCUCGGGCUGCAGAAGAAGUUCAGUCUAAAUGCGAUGAAACUAGCGAGGUUCGUCCUGCACGUAAAGAAGGGCUAUCGCGACGUGCCCUACCACAAUUGGAUGCACGCCUUCAAUGUCGCACAAUGGGCAUACGCUGCCCUCAUCAACUAUAAGCUGGUCUCCUCAGGGUAUCUUAAUGAUUUACAAGCACUCAUGUAUUUGAUAGCCUGUUUGGUUCACGACCUUGAUCAUCGCGGGACUACUAAUAGAUUUCAAAUAAUGGGGCGUGAGUAUCACAAAGUACUAUCAUAUCAUCGAAAUAAAAUACUUAUUGGUAGAAUAAGAAAAGAGGCAGCAGUUCUGACGGAGUUCUUCAAGCAAGGGGAGCUAGAGAAGAGCCGCGGGGAGCCGGCGCUGGCCUUCAUGGACCGCGACAAGUGCUUCAUUCCCGCGCUGCAGCAGGAGUUCCUCACCACCACUUGUAUGCCGCUUUAUAGUCUCCUUGCAAAGAUUAUACCAAAAGCUGAGGCUUGUACUACAGUAUUGGAAGGUCAUCUAAAGCAAUGGGAGGCCGCGUCAUACGUAUUUUCUGAGGUGCCUAUAUCCGCGGGUCUGUCAGUUUUACUGAGUCCGGAGCUAGACAACCUGAUAGAACAGAGUGUUAAGGAGCGGGAGGAGGAGCUGGCGGAGAAGGCCAGGAAGACAGAAGCUACUGACGAGGAUUAGAAAAAAGUUACAUAAUGUAACACAUUAACUACCACGGACUUUUUUGCGUGGACACUUUGGUCAUUUAAAAUCGUAGCAUUUAAUGGGUUAAUUAUAUUUUUUUCACAUUUAA